UUGAUUCAAUCAAUGUUUGAGGUUAUGUGUAUCGAAAAUGUAGCAAGCUUGUAAACAACAUAAACAAAAUUUUAAAUAAUUUCUCAGUUCAUUUAAACAAAAUCUAUCUAAAGCAAAGUGAGUACAUUGGAAUGGAGCAUCAUCCUUUUUUCAAAAACCAGAAACAUGAAUCGUGACGUAAAAAUGUGAGGUUAGCACGAAGUGUCAAAUACCACAGAGUGGAGACAAGACGAUAGUCUUGAACGAGAUUUAGGCAACCAAAAUGUCGACUUUGGAUUAUUCAGAAGUCCGUCAUUGAAAAACGUCCACUCUGCCCCAUGAUGAACCACGUGAGACAACACCACUCAUCUUUGGAAAAAUUCAUCUGUGAAAACGCCAAAAUCGAACCGUUUUAUUGUAAAAACUGCGAUUUUAAAACCGAACUAACAAUUUUCUUCAAACAACACAUCAAUAAAAAUCAUGGUAUUAAAAGAGAACCGGGGGACGAUUUAUCAGGUCAGGACUUCUGUGUACAACACUACGUUUGCGAAAAAUGCGACUUUGAAACAAAUUCCGCGUUAAAGUGGCUUCAGCAUACUUCGGCUUGUUCAGAAAAUACAAAAAACGAGAGUGUCACUGAGGAAAUACUUUGGUAUUACUGUUCCGAAUGUGGGUACAAAACUAAAUCCAAAAGUAACUUAAGGCGGCAUAUAAAAAACCUCCAUUUGAAGAGUUCGGUCCAUUCAGAUGAACACGACCGUGAUUGGUACAAAUGUGAAAAGUGCCCGUUCAAAACUAGGUAUAAACAUUCUUUGAAGACACACGUGAAUUCGAAGCAUUCAGACGAAGAAAAAAUUAAGUGGUAUCAGUGCGAAAAGUGUCCAUAUAAAACUAAAUUGGAAGCUAGUUUAAGAGGUCACGUAAAUUGUUUACAUUUGAACGAAGAAGACGUUAAGUGGUACGAAUGCAAAGAGUGUCCAUUCCGAUCCAAGUACAAAACGUCUUUAAAAAUACACGUAACUGUGCAACAUCUAGACGAAGAAAAAGUCAAGUGGUAUGAAUGCGAACAGUGUCCUUAUAAAAGUAAGUUGAGAGACCACUUAAGAAGGCACAUGAAUUGCAUCCAUUUAGACGAAUGGCACAAGUGUGACAAGUGCCAGUUCAAAACCAAAUUAAAAUCUAGUUUAAAAAGACACAUAAACGCCUUACAUUUGACUGAAGAAGACGGUAAGUGGUACAAAUGCGACCAGUGUCCGUAUAAAAGUACGUGCAAAGCACCUUUAAGAGACCACAUAAAUCGAACACAUUUGGAUGAACAAGACGUUGAAUGGUACAACUGUGACAAGUGUUCGUUCAAAACCAAAAUAAAAGCCAGUUUAAAACGACACAUACAUUGCUUACACUUGAACGAAGGAGACGUUAAGUGGUACGAAUGCGACGAGUGUCCAUUCAAAACCAAGUAUAAACCAAACUUGAAGAAUCACGUAGAUGCGAAACAUCAAGACAAAGAAAAAGUCAAGUGGUAUGAAUGUAAACAUUGCCCGUUUAAGACUAAACGGGUAUGGGCUUUGAACAAUCACGUGAUUUGUCGACACUUGGACGAGAAAGAAGUCAAGUGGUACAAAUGCGAAGAGUGUUCGUACAAAACUAAAGUAAAGAAGUAUUUAAAAAAUCAUGUCAAAGUUCAUUUGAAUGUUAGCUAGUAUCAGUGCGAGGAAGAUUUUGUAGUUUUUGAGUCUAAAUAAAGUAAUAAAGUAAA